UACAAGAAAAGUAAGUAAGUGACAACAAUUAUAAUACUACAGUUGUAAGUGAUUAAAAUUGUGUAUGAUUUUUAACGGUUUUUGCCGUUCGUUUCAAAUAUGUUGUGUAGUUAUUUUCAAUAUAACCACAUAUUUACCAGUUAAUAAUUUAAAAUCGUACUCUUUUAAAUAUAAUGAAGUCUAAAAGAUAGUCUAACAAAAUCCGUUUGCAGUAAUGAAUGAGAAGACCUUAACACCUGAGCCACAGGCUGUGGCCGGUCCUAGUGGAGAGGCCAACAAGCGGAGACGCAGCAGCUCCAGUAACAGCAGCAACAGCAGUUCUACAAGCUCAUCCUCGUCGGACAACAAACGAAGAUGGUCCUGUCGCCACAAGCAUAAGAAAAGUAAACGUGGCAAGCAUUCAAAACAAUUGAUGGACAAGUUAUUCAAGGAAAUGGAGCAAAGAAAAGCAAGUGUAAAAGAACUACAAAAAACAAUAGGGCUAUUAAAUUUUGCAAGUUUUGUUGUACCACGAGGUCGACUUCACCAUCGACAAAUGUUAAUGUUCCUGAACUCGCUGCCCAAAACGUCGCAGAAAGCCUAUCAUCUGCCAGAAAAUGUCAUCAAGGAACUGGAAUGGUGGAAAGCGAACUGCCAAUUGUCAACACCUUUACAUUAUCCUCCUCCAAUUCAUUUUCUGGCAACAGAUGCUUCAGACCUAGCUUGGGGGGCACAACUGAAAGACCUUGCGAUCUGGGGAAGCUGGUCCCAAGAAGAACAACGGCUACACUCGAAUCAGAAAGAGAUGCUGGCCAUUUUACACGCCCUCCAGACCCAUGUUCAUUUAAUGAAGCACAGCUCGCUGCUCAUACAGUGCGACAACAAGACUGCAGUCGCUCAAUUACGGAAAGAAGGAGGUACGAAAUCCAUAUCACUAAUGAACAUAACUUACCAAAUUUUGAAAUUAUUAGACCAUCACAAAAUACACUUCAGCAUUCACUACAUUCCGGGCAAGUACAACAAUCAUGCCGACCACCUUUCGCGUCACCGUCAACCUCCAGAGUGGCACAUACUACCGACCUGUGCGGAAAUGGUGUUUGCGAAAUGGGGUACUCCAGUGAUAGAUUUAUUCGCUUCGAAAACUGCUCACGUAGUGUACAAUUAUGUCUCUCGGGAUUUGAACGAUCACCAAGCUCUCUUUCACGAUGCGUUCAGUGUUCCAUGGAACUAUCCACUUGCGUGGGUAUUUCCCCCGCCGUUCUUAAUCCCCAAAGUUCUGGCACACCUGAAUCAGUCAACAGGAAUAUUCUUGAUAGUAGUUCCACGGUGGGAGAGAGUGUUUUGGCGCGCAGACCUCAAAGCCCGAUCCCUCGAAGCCCCGUUCACUCUGAACAAUUCGCACAAUCGUCUGAUCGACACAUCAACGGGGCUGCCACCGCAGAAAGUAGAAUCCUUGACACUCGAAGUUUGGAGAUGUGGGGGUGGACUGAAGCUAUAA